AUGUGGUCGGUCUUCUCACUGGCUCCAUAUGCGAUUGGCAUCACCUUCUUUGCUUUCGCAUACUUUGUCAUUCUACCGUAUAUUGAAUAUCUUCGUGAUCCAAAGGGAUUGCGCAAAUACCCCAACCUCUCCCCCUUCUCUGGGUUCUCAGCGAUACCUUUUAUGCUCAUGGCCGGAAGAGGCUUCCGAUCAAGGGAGCUAUCAGAGCUACACAAGACGCACCCUGUCAUUAGGACGGCCCCCAACGCGCUCUCCUAUGGAGAUGCCCGGGCCAUCAAAGACAUUUACGGACACAACACAAAGUGCACUAAGGACGGCGCAUACUCCGUUCCUGUAGGGAGCCAUUAUAAUCUGGCGGAUGUUGUCGACAAGCCUGACCACUCCCGCAAGCGAAAGGUUCUCUCGUCGGCCUACGCCUUGAAGAACCUAGAGAGCUGGGAAUACAAGGUUACCGAUAAGGUCCAAAGAAUGUUCAAGCAUUUCGACAAGGUCUGCACUCUGGCUCCUAAAGAAGAUGUGGCGUCUGGAAAGGUAGCACCUGAUCAGAACGACCUGACUCUGGACCUACGUAGCUGGAACAACUUCUUCACUCUGGAUGCCAUUGCCGAUAUUGGUCUUUCUGAGAAACUGGGAUUCCUUGAUGCCGGCAACGAUAUGGUCAUUGCUGAGCGAAAAGACGGCUCGACAUAUCAGACUAGCCUUCGUGGAGCACUUUAUCCUACUGCUCGGAAGCAAUCCUACCUUCUGUGGGAUUACAAUUGGUACCUGACGAUCAACAAAUUGGUGGAUGUGAUUCCAUUCUUCAAGCGCAUGUCGAAGUCAGCCGAUGACUGGGAAAACAUCAUGUGGCACCGAGGAAGCAAGCGUUUAGAGCGCUACGAGAAUGGCGAAAAGCUCGACGACUUCUUCCAGGCACUUAUGGAGGAUAAGAAUGGCAACGCUAACAACCUCGAGUGGGGUGAAGUUGUUGCUGAGUGCAACAUUAUGAUGAAUGCUGGCAGUGUUACCACCGCUGUUGCUAUUACCAACGUUAUGUACCAGCUCCUACGCAACCCCAAGGCUCUUGGGAAGUUACGGGAGGAGCUUGAUUCCGUCUUGGAUGAGGAUGAGGUGGUCGCAGACUACGACAAGGUAAAACACUUGCCCUAUUUGCGUGCUUGCCUGGAUGAAUCUCUCCGUAUCUUCCCUCCCACUUCCCACGGACUGCCUCGCGAGACUCCUCCCGAGGGCGCCAACAUUCUUGGAGACUGGGUUGCUGGAAGUACUACUGUGAGCAUGUCUGCUUUUGUUGCCCAUCGCCUUGAAAGUGUCUUCCCCAACGCCGAUCAGUACAUUCCUGAGCGGUGGUUGGGAGAGGAGGGCAAAUCCCUUCAGCCGUACCUAAUUGCUUUCUCUGCUGGUGCUCGUUCCUGCAUUGGUCGGAACAUUUCUUACCUAGAGCAAACUAAGGCUGUGGCAUCUAUGGUACAUCGAUACGAUUUUGCUCUGGCCUACCCCGGAUGGGAAUUGCAGCGCGAGGAGACAAUGAAUCUGAUUUUAGGCGACAUGCCCGUGAAAAUUUGGCGCCGGGACAGGGGUGCAGAGGCAUAG